AUGAUUUUCGUAUUAGAACUUAAUCAUAUUCAAGGAAACGACAAUAAUAUUUCCAGAGCACCAACACAACCUAUUACAUUAAGAUCAACUGCAGCGUCGGUACCACAAAACGCACUCUCAAUCAAAUCAUUAUUAUUACCCGCUACCUUACAUGAUGACUUUAUUGAAAAAGCUACAAUUCUAGCAAACAACCAACAUUUAGAAUUUUUCUCGGAUGGAUCAUUAUGCAGACCUCCAGACAAUUUAGCACCGUUAAUGGGCUUUGGUUGGCUUUUAUCUUCACCACCAGAUAUCGCUAUGAGCUUCUAUGCUCGGAUAACCAAUUGGGCGAAUUCACAAGCUACUAUUCAAACCUUUAAUGCUUUAUAUUUAUAUACUCCUCGAUUAACUGAUAGACGUUUACAAAAAUUGAAUAACUGCCAUCUAUGCCAGUCCAUCAAACAAAUUAUUGACACCUUACAGCUUCAAGUGACACUUUCAAAAGUCAAAGCGCACUCUAAUAAUUUUUACAAUGACCAAGCGGAUGCGUUAACGAAGCAAGGAUCUCGUAAUCUUAUAAGUGACGUUAAUCACAAAGACCUCAAACGUCAAUAA